AUGCUUUAUGACCCGUCAACCAGCCCGGCGCUUCAGGCUUGGCUCGUCAAGACCCUUGAGCCAAUAUGCGAUGCCGAACCUGACGCUCUCGCUACCUACAUCAUUGCACUUCUCAAGCAUGAUGUUCCGGAACAUGACCUACGACAGGAAGUUAUCAAACAACUAGACGAGUUCUUUGAAGACGGUGCAUCUGGUUUUGUCGAUACACUCUUUGCUGCGCUCCGCUCCAAGUCGUAUGUGCCGUACACCACUAGCCCUGGUUCAUUCCCCGCUUCGACAGAAAAGGCUCGGGAUGCUGGGAUUCCUAUACCACUCGAUGCUCUGAUUUCGCCUUCAUCGACCUCACCUACAGACCGGGGUACAAAAAGGAGUCACGACGGCGAUGACCGUGAAACGCGUGGUCCACCGAAGGGCCCUCGACUAAGCAAUGAGGCUUAUUUUGCUAGACACUCGGAUGCGAAUGGGCAUGGGCAGGACUGGCAACGAGGUCCAAUGGAUGGCGGUAUGCCGAAUGGUUUUCCACCGCAAGGACCGAAGGUUAUGCUUCCGAAGGGCGUGUGUCGUGACUAUCACCUGAAAGGCUAUUGCUCGCGAGGAGUCAGAUGCAAGUACAGUCAUGACGAAGGCGCUUUUUCACCAAAUAUGUCUAUGCCAUUAAAUGGAGGAGUCAUGCCUUUCAUGAAUAUGUAUGGUGGGAUGCCUUUCCCUGGUGCACCGGUGCCACCUCUGGCAUACGAUCCGAAUGACUCGGUCAUGGAUAUGCGACCUAGAGCUCCGUAUCAGCGCCCCAUUCCGACGAUGCCUCGAGGUCAUCAAAAUCGAGAAAAUGAUAAUGGUCAGGCGUUCCCUGGACAUGGUGAACUGCCUGUUGUCCAGGACCUCACUCCAGCCGGACCGAGAGAAGAACCAACCGCGAUGGACGUUACACCAACGCAAAAUACAAAUGCUCCUUCGACAAGUGCAGAUUCCAACGUACCUCCAGAUCCCACCUCCCUUUCUUCACUACAAGCCUUCAAUUCGGGGCCAAAUGGUGCUGCUGCAACACAAGGACCGACGCAAACUAAUGGAAGGCCACAAAGAGGGUACCGACGCGGUCGUGGGGGUCGAGGAGGGACCUUCACUGGAGAGCAUCAAGCCUUCGGCGGGAACGAGCAAGGCCGUAAUAGUAAGACUAUUGUUGUCGAGAAAAUCCCAGACGACAAGCUGUCGCUUGGGGAAGUCAACAAUUGGUUCAAACGUUAUGGUACCGUUACCAAUGUCGCUGUAGAUGCACCGGGGAAGAAGGCUUUAGUGAGCUUCUCUUCACAUGAGGAGGCACGCGCCGCUUGGUCUGCGGAGGAGGCGGUGUUUAAUAAUAGAUUCGUCAAGAUAUUCUGGCAUCGUCCGAUGGAAGGCCAAGGUACGGCUGGUGCGCGUGCACUGGAGGCGUCGGCGUCGAUAGUUGCAAACAUGGCUGCACAGGAGAACGCUCCUGCUACGGUUGCACCUGCCGAGGUCCCUAAACCCACGGCACCGCCUGCUAACAAAGCACCUACACCCGCGUCCUCGAAGCUGACAGCUUUACAAGAAAAGCAACAAUUAUUGGAUAAACAGAUAGCAGAACAAAAGGAGCUGAUGGGCAAACUUGGUAGCGCUUCUGCAGAAGAAAAGAAAGACAUUAUGGCGCGUUUACGAAAAUUAGCUGCCGAGAUGAAGACCCCUUCGGAGGAUAAAACAGCACAACCACCACGACCACCACGUUCAAGGACUACAUCGGAGGUUCCCGUAGAUAAGGAGCGGAAAGCGAAGGAGCUGCUUGACAUGGAAUUGGAAGCGCACGCAAAAACAGGCGAGGAAAACUCACCAGUGGGAGGAGAGGAGACCCGCGAAAGUUUACAGGAGAAGCUCGAGAAAUUACGUGCUGAGGCAAGUGCGUUGGGCCUUAGCGAUACUUCGUCUCAGCCAAUCUAUUCUUCGUAUCGUGGGGGUUUCCGCGGGAGGGGACGAGGACGUGCAAGUUUCCCAAGUUUCCGUGGUGCCAUGCGAGGUGGACCGCCACGUGGGAGUAUGAAACUUGAUAACCGCCCGAAGGCUUUACUCGUGAAGGGUGUUGCAACUCAGGAUCCGGAAGUCGUGCAGGCAGUACGUUCUUGGUAUGAGACUGGAGGACAAUUAGCAUCACUUGAUGUGCAUGACGAUGAGUCCCUUAUUGCUCGUUUCUAUUCACGAGCUGCUGCGGAACAGGCUCUAGCAAAAGGACCCAACAUCCCCUCCGCUGGCAAUGUUAAACUUAGCUGGCACACCGAAACAACAGGUCCAAAACCAGUCACGGGUACUCAACAAGGUACACAAGAUAAAAAAUCGGCAGCGACAACUGAGGAUCGACCGCCUUCACCUCGACCUGAAGAACCUACAUUGGAAGAAGUUGGUUGGGGCAAUGAGGAUGACGACGGGAUGGGCAUGGGCGGCAUGUUUUGAUCCAGUCCGCCGUAUUGCUUUUUUUUGUUGCGAGCUUAAAUGUAUCUUUAUAAAGAGCCCCCUUGCGCAUGCUGCUAGGAUCAUACAUACAAUAUCUUAUUAAAGCUGUCGGCAGUCCUAAUUGUGUCCAUCUUGUUGACUCUACUCUUGUACAGUGCAUAAAUGCAUAAAGAAAUUAUUUUGCUGGCUUCGGACUGUUGAUACGUCCGUUGUUU